CCUUAAGUAGUUUUGUUGGAAUCGGGUCUAGUUGGCAGUCCUGCAGCAUAUGAGAAGGAAAUUUCAUUGCAAAUGCGGAGAGGGCCAAAAAGAAAAAGCUGGCUUGUAUGAAACGACGGAUUACUUUUACAAACAAAGGGCAACCAUGACAGAGACAAUGGAAGCCAACAGACCAAACGUUAACGACAAUGGACGUCGUAUGUAAUCAGAGGAUUAUUCCAUUUGCCACAAAACAUUCCUACAUGUAUACAAAUUGGGGACAGGUGGAGCUGAGUGGAUCUUUACGGUGACAAGUUGCUACUGGGUUUGAAGCUAACUAGGGGUUAAAAGUUCCUGGUGCAUAAUCUCUCGCUUUCUCUCCACAAGCACCAUUUUGUUUUGUGAUCUGGUUGAUCAUGCUUUUUGGAUUAGGUGCACAUUUUAACACAUUUUACAUUCAUUCAUGCAUCUCCAUUUCCACCUUUACACUUCACAGGACUCAUAGCAGUCAGAUCACUAUGGGACAGCGAAGCAGAGGGACAAAGCCAUGCAGAUUUUAUUCCGGUAAAUUAGAAACGCAGGGCUGUUUGGUUUCAGUGGGUGCUGACUGGGUGCAUGCAGACUAGCUGUGCAGUGAGCGCAUAAAGUGGGCCAACAUGUUUGUAGUGUUCAUCCUGGGAUUCUACCUGGUAUCAGGUGCGCUUCCCUCCCAAGUGAGCGCGUGCCCGUCGCAGUGCAGCUGUUUUUUUCACAACCUGAGUGAUGGAUCAAAGGCUAGGAGCGUCAUUUGCAACGACCCCGAGAUCUCCCUUGUGCCUGCCAGUUUUCCUGUAGAUACGUCCAAGCUGCGUAUUGAGAAAACGGCUAUCCAGCGAAUCCCAAGCGAAGCCUUUAAUUACCUCCCUAAUCUGGAGUUCCUCUGGAUGUCCUUCAACAUGUUGUCUGUUAUCAACCCAGACAGUUUCCUUGGGCUGCUAAAUCUAGAGGAGCUACGACUGGAUGGGAAUGCACUCACAGCAUUCCCCUGGGACUCUCUUAAGGAUAUGUCCAACCUUAGGCUGCUCGACUUGCACAAUAACCAGUUGACCUCAGUUCCUGCAGACACCACAAUUUAUAUAAAAAACCUAACAUAUCUAGAUCUGUCCAGCAACAACAUUCUGACUAUACCAGCUGAGGUGCUUACUACUUGGCUAACAGUUAAACCUGUGCAGGGCCCAGAUAGCUCCAAAACGAUACUUGGUCUCCAUGACAACCCCUGGGUGUGUGACUGCCGCCUGUAUGACCUGGUCCAGUUCCAGAAGUCACCAACCCUCUCUCUAGCCUUCAUCGACACACGGCUCCGCUGCUCUUCCCCUGAAAGUCUGUCAGGCGUUCUGUUCAGUGAUGCCGAGCUGCGCCGGUGCCAGGCACCACGUGUUCACACAGCGGUGGCCCGUGUCCGUAGUGCUGUGGGAAACAAUGUGCUGCUGCGUUGUGGGACCAUUGGCGUUCCCAGCCCAGAUUUGGCCUGGAGAAGGGUGGAUGGGAAAACCCUAAAUGGAACAGUCCAGCAAGAGAACUCAAAGGAAGGCAUCACAUGGUCAAUACUCAGCGUCCCAGCUGUGUCUUACCGUGACACAGGAAAGUAUGUUUGCAAAGCCACUAACUAUGCCGGCCACGCAGAGGCAGUCAUCUCCCUUGUCAUCUCUGACAUUGCCCCAAAACCCGACAACAACAAUCAAACUAGCAUAGUUGCUGCUGCUACUUCCGUAAAAAAAAACAAGGUUAAGAAACCCAACGAGAUGGGCAAGGCAGCCUACCAAGAGAAACUGAUGGCUAAGUUAAUGGUUCCAACAGCUACCCCAAUUCCCCCACUUGUUUUGGUAGAUUACAGCCCAAAUCCUGACAGUACAGGAUUAGGGAGUGAGAUGGAUAGGGCAUCUCUUGCACCAGCAAUGUUGGAGCUUGAGAAGACCAACCUAAGCAACCUUGCCCAGGCCCAGUAUGAUCCGGACCGGAUAGUUCGCUCAGUCAAGGUCUUGGGUGAUACAGAGAACACCAUAACCCUGAACUGGCGGGCACCCAAGGCCAAGAACACCACAGCCUUCAGUGUGCUCUACGCUGUCUUUGGUGAGAGGGAUAUGCGCAAGAUUAACGUGGCGGCUGGACAAAAUCGUGUCUUUAUUGAGGGCCUGGUGCCCAAGACUAAGUAUAUUGCCUGCGUGUGUGUCAGGGGCCUAAUCCCCAAGAAGGAGCAGUGUGUCAUUUUCUCGACCGAUGAGGCGGCUAGUGCUGCAGGCACCCAGAAGCUCAUCAAUGUCAUUGUCAUCACUGUGGCAUGUGUCAUUGCUGUGCCGCUCACUGUCAUCGUAUGCUGUGGGGCACUCAAGAGACGCAUCCAAAAGAUGUGGGGCAAGAAGUCCAAAGACAUCCAAGACUCAUACGUUACUUUCGAGACAUUAUCCCCUGGGACCAAGGCUAAAGGUUUGGAGGGUGAGUACCUGACUAGACUCAACCCUGAGGAGUCGAACCGGUUGUUGUCUGCCCGUUCCAGUCUGGAUUCAGAGGCCACAGCUAAGAUAGAGGGACAGCCGAAUGAAUACUUCUGCUGACGUCAUGCUCCAGCUCCAGCUACAUCCCCACACUAUCUUCCCCGCUCGCACCCUCUGAAUCAACAGAGCCCCAUACACACACCUCAUUUACAGCAUAGUCCCCCACACACACAUUCCUACCACCAUAGCCCCACACAUAUAGCUCACCAACAGCACGGCCCCGUACACACACAACAUCCCCACCAUAGCCCAACACACACACCUCAUCUACAUCAUAGCCCCACUCACAUGUCUCAUCCUCACACACCUCACCUCUACCACAGUUCCACACACACACCUCAUCCCCAACAUUACCAAAGCCCCAUACGCAAACCUCGGCCUCACACACCUAGUUCUUUUUCUCACCAACACCAAAGUUCUACAGAAACAACUUAUAUACUUGCUCACUCUCAGCACAGUCCCACACACACAUCUAAUCGUCACCAUAGCCCUUCACACACAUCACAAUCGCACCCUUACCGCAGUCCCAUACACAAGCCUCCACCUCUCCCUGAGUUUCACCACAGCCCCACACACAUACCUCGUCGAAAUGCACACGCUCACUACAGUCCUACACACACACCCCGCUGCCUCCCUUUCCCAUAUGAAAGCCCUACACACAUGCCUGGUUGUCUCUUUUUCUCCCACCAUAGUCCCCCACACACAUACUCACACAGGGCACAAGACUCUCCCCCACCUCUUCCCCCACGUUGGGCGCCACCACACCGCGGUUUUUAUCAAAGGACUCUUGGACGAUGCACCAUCAUGGAAAUAUCUGUUUAAAAUUAUUUUUGUUUUACAGCUGAAUCGAAUACUAUUUCUACUGAGAUAUUUUGAAUUAUAUAACUCACUGUUUUUGUUGUUUUUAUAUAUAUAGAUAUAUAUAUAUAUUUUUUUUUUACAUAUUAGAGGUUCUAAAUGAGACUUUAAAUGAGCCCUCCAUAUAACAUUUUUGUCAAAUACUUUUAUCAUAGUUAAGUUAUAUAAAAUUUAAGGCUGAAAGGAAACCUGGGCACAAAUGUCCUUGCUCCAGUCUAUUUCUACUGAUAUUCUUAAGUUAUAUAUUGAGUUGGCACAUAUAUCUAUGCUCAAGACUUUCUAUUAUUAUUCAUUGAAAUAACUUAUCAGCUAGGAAAAGCAGGAUGCUAAUAAUAUACAGAACUUGAUGGAAAUACUUUGCUACAAAUAUUAUUUGCAAUAUCUACUCCAACUUCAACCCCUUCAGAGAAGUCUCUCACAACUCACUUAAAAGGGAACAUAAUGACAAACAGUAAUAGCAGUUUUUGGUGUUUACAUGAUAGGUAUGUGUAUGAUUUGUAAAUACUUUUCUGUACAAUUUACACUUACAUGUAUAAACCUAUGCCUCUGUAUAUAUCAAUUAUAUGUUUUUGAAGAUAUACACAAAGGCAUGGUUCAUCCCAUUGAGAAAGAAAUAAUGCUGGCUGGAGCUGGAAUGAAGUACAUAGACUGAGCUAUGCCCCCUGUAAAUAAUGUGAAAAUGAUGUAUGAUUAGCGUUAUUAAACUUCCAAGGUCUAGGAAAAACAUAUCAACACAUAACUAUCAACACUGUGUUUUCUAUCUUUAACCAUUUACCUGUUUUGUGUCCCCUACAUUUCAAUGCGUCAUUAACUAUUGUAUAACUUCUGAAUAACAUUUUGAUUUAUGGAAAUAUAUUUAAAUAAACUUUUAUAUGUAGUUA